AACACACAAAACAAAACAGAUUUCUUUGCUAGCACAAGGCCAUGUCUGAACAGCUCGAAACGGUGAUUCCUCAACAGUGUAUUGAGGGCUGUUAUUGUCAUGUGAAAGAGCUAGUGGGGUGUAGUGGUUUGAGCAUUGGACUGUGACACUGGAGACCAGAGUUCAGUUCUCCAUUUGGCCAUUGAAAGACAGUGGAUGAUCUUGGGCAAGUCGCACCUUCUCAGACCCAUCCAGUGCCAUCCAGUGAGUUUCCUGGCUGAGUUGGAAAUGAACAUUGAUCAGCGUUUGACCCAAAGUCACUAGAAAAGGAAUAUGGCUCAAGAAACCAACCAUAGCCAAGUGCCUAUGCUUUGUUCCACUGGAUGCGGAUUUUAUGGAAACCCUCGUACGAACGGCAUGUGUUCAGUAUGCUAUAAAGAACAUCUUCAACGGCAGAAUGGUAGUAAUGGUAGAAUUAGCCCAUCAGCAACAUCUGUUAAUAGCCUAGCUGAAUCUUUACCAGUUCAAUGCACUGAAGGCAGCAUCCAGGACGCUCCAUCAACACUAGACUCUACACCUGUACCACCAGUGCAACCAAGCCCUGUGUCAAGCCCAUCAACGCUCUUAGCAGAAUCUGUAGCAACAUGUGAAGUGGAAAGUACAGCCAUAGUGGAUAAAACAGGACCUGAAAGAGAAGAUGUGCAAGAAUCAACAUCAGUGGACCUUGCCGAGACAAUUUCAAUAGACAGUACCGGAGAGGAAUUGUCGAUGGAUAACUCAGAUUUACCUGACACUACCAGGGGCUCAGAAACAGAGUGCGAUUAUGACGCAAGCGUAGAAAAUAAUAUAGAUGAUCCCGAUUUCCCGGAUGAGAGCUCAAGAGUGAAAACGAAGAGUGAUACAGAUGUAACGCUAAACACAGUAGCUUCAGCAUCAGAUAAUGCAGAACCUUCCUCUGAAGAACAGGACAAGUCGCUUGACAAACCAAAACAGAAAAAAUCUCGCUGCUUCAUGUGCCGGAAGAAAGUUGGUCUUACUGGGUUUGAAUGCAGGUGCGGAAAUGUUUACUGCGGCGUACACCGUUACUCAGACGUCCACAGUUGCUCUUACAAUUACAAAGCUGACGCUGCUGAGAAAAUCAGAAAAGAGAAUCCUGUAGUUGUUGGUGAAAAGAUCCAGAAGAUUUGAACUGCUACUCUUGCUGGAAUAUUAAAAAAAAAUGACCAUCUGCAGAUGAAAUUGACUUGAGCUUCUUCCCACCGCCCCCCCUUCACAAACUUUCCAUUCUUCUCCAUCCUUCCCUUUUAGUCAUCAGGAACACCAGGACCUGUGUCUCGAAUCAUGCAUGUCAUCCGAAAACAUAGAUUCCCCGCCCCCUUAUUUAGAACAUGUCUGAACACAUACGUUAAAGCAGUACCGUUCCCCACCGCCACCAUCCACCCCGACCACCAACAGCUAAAGACUUCAAAAAGUAAACGUUACACUUCAGAGAUUCUACACUUCUGUGAAGCCCUGUGGGGCUGCUGAAUGAAAUACCAUGGCUAUAUAAGUAUUACCCUUUUGAAAAUGAUUUUUUCUUUUAGUUGAAUGCAGAGGGCUUUUUAUAAUACAAACAGAGAUAUACUCGGAGGGCAUCAGUGCUUUUGGUUUUUCCCCCUCUAGUACUAAACAUGCAUGCAUUAACCUGGCCGUUUUCCUUUCUUCUUUGUAUAUAGCUUUUCUUUUCUUUCCUUUUCCUUCUCUGCAGCACGAUUUCCUUUUUUUGUUUUUAAAUAACACCUCAUAUGGCACAACUAGCAAUCAGUAACUGAAUGUAUUUUAAUCAUUAUGGCUGCUUGGGGUUUUGUUUUUGUUUUUCCCAUUAACAAAGUUUAUACAUACCUUAGCAUAAUAGCUUGUUUGCACCCACUACCUAUUUAUGUAUGAAUCAUUGGUAAUGAGUUCCAGAGAGAGAGAGAACAUGCGUGCGUAUGUGUGUGACAGAGAGAGUGUGUGUGUGUGUAUGAGGGAGCGAAAGAGAGAAAAUGCUGAAAUUCAAAAGUCUGUGUGGUGUUUUUCUUUCUUUUCAAAACACAACUUUGAGAGGGGAUUUCUCUCUCUGCGUUUGUGUGUGUGUGAGUUGCAGAGUUGUCUGCACUUUGUGGCUGACUGCAGGUUUUCUUGGGGUUUAUGUUAUUGGGUUCUUUAUGUACACCAAUAUGAAGAAUGAUGAAGUUUUAACUGUAUUGUAUUUAUGUUCAUCAGCGUCUUUAACUUUGAUUAAAAUAAAAUUUUUAAAAAUUGGGAUUCCAA